GUCUCAUCAACAAGUCAGAUACAUCAACAAAGAAACAAAUACUCAACAAAUAGACUUAUUCACUACUCAAUUAACAAAUCUACAACAAACGAUGGAAAAUGCUAUAGAAUUAUUAAACAACUUAACUAAAAGAAUGGAACGUGUAGAACAACACUUAGAAAUU